GUCGCGCUCCUGUUCGCCUGCCCCUGAGGCCGCCGGCCCGCCGCCGCCAUGGGCGCCUACCUUUCCCAGCCCAACACGGUGAAGUGCUCCGGGGACGGGGCCGGCGCGCCGCGCCUGCCGCUGCCCUACGGCUUCUCCGCCAUGCAGGGUUGGCGAGUCUCCAUGGAGGAUGCUCACAAUUGUAUUCCUGAGCUGGACAGUGAGACAGCUAUGUUUUCUGUCUAUGAUGGACAUGGAGGGGAGGAAGUUGCCUUGUAUUGUGCCAAAUAUCUUCCUGAUAUCAUCAAAGAUCAGAAGGCUUACAAAGAAGGCAAGCUACAGAAGGCUUUGGAAGAUGCCUUCUUGGCUAUUGAUGCCAAACUGACCACUGAGGAAGUCAUUAAGGAGCUGGCACAGAUUGCAGGGCGACCCACUGAGGAUGAAGAUGAAAAAGAAAAAGUAGCUGAUGAAGAUGAUGUGGACAAUGAGGAGGCUGCACUGCUGCAUGAAGAGGCUACCAUGACUAUUGAAGAGCUGCUGACACGCUACGGGCAGAACUGUCACAAGGGUGCUCCCCACAGCAAAUCUGGAGCUGGGACAGGCGAGGAACCAGGGUCCCAGGGCCUCAAUGGGGAGGCAGGAUCUGAGGACCCAUCUAGGGAAUCUUCUUCAGAGGAAAAUGGUCCCACAGCCAAGGUCCACACAGGCCUUUCCUCCAACUCGGAACGUACAGAGGCAGGCCAAGGUGGUGAGCCUGGCAUUCCCACUGGUGAGGCUGGGCCUUCCUGCUCUUCAGCCUCCGACAAGCUGCCUCGAGUUGCUAAGUCCAAGUUCUUUGAGGACAGUGAGGAUGAGUCAGAUGAGGCGGAGGAGGAAGAGGAAGACAGCGAGGAAUGCAGUGAGGAAGAGGAUGGCUACAGCAGUGAAGAGGCAGAAAAUGAAGAAGAUGAGGAUGACACCGAGGAGGCUGAAGAGGAUGAGGAAGAAGAGGAGGAGAUGAUGGUCCCUGGGAUGGAAGGCAAAGAGGAGCCUGGCUCUGACAGUGGUACAACAGCUGUAGUGGCUCUGAUACGAGGGAAGCAGUUGAUUGUAGCCAAUGCAGGAGACUCUCGCUGUGUGGUGUCUGAGGCUGGCAAAGCUUUAGACAUGUCCUAUGACCACAAGCCGGAGGAUGAAGUGGAGCUAGCACGCAUCAAGAAUGCUGGUGGCAAGGUUACCAUGGAUGGUCGAGUCAACGGGGGCCUCAACCUCUCCAGGGCCAUUGGAGAUCACUUCUAUAAGAGAAACAAGAACUUGCCACCUGAGGAACAGAUGAUAUCAGCCCUUCCUGACAUCAAGAUGCUGACUCUCACAGACGACCAUGAAUUCAUGGUCAUUGCCUGUGAUGGCAUCUGGAAUGUGAUGAGCAGCCAGGAAGUUAUAGACUUUAUUCAGUCAAAGAUUAGCCAGCGUGAUGAAAAUGGGGAGCUUCGGUUAUUGUCAUCCAUCGUGGAAGAGCUGCUGGAUCAGUGCCUGGCACCAGACACUUCUGGGGACGGUACAGGGUGUGACAACAUGACCUGCAUCAUCAUUUGCUUCAAGCCCCGAAACACAGCAGAGCUUCAGCCAGAGAGUGGCAAGCGGAAACUGGAGGAGGUGCUUUCUACUGAGGAGGCUGAAGAAAAUGGCAACAGUGACAACAAGAAGAAGGCCAAGCGGGACUAGCGGACUUGGUUGUCCAGACUCCUGCCCCCGAGACUGUUUUCUGAGCCCUCCGGACCUGAGACUGAGUUUUGUCUUUUUCCUUUAGCCUUAGCAGUGGUUGUGAGGUGUGCAGGGGGAACUGGGUGGCUUUACUCAGCCCAUUCCAAAGAGGGCUCACCCUCCACACAGCAGCCCGGGAGCCGUGCUGCUCUCCCCAGCCUCCUCUUUGCUCCUUGGGGCUCAUCACUGGUUCUGUGCCUGUGCUCUGUUGUGUUGGAGGGAAGGACUGGAGGUUCUGGUUUUUACUCUGUGAACUUUAUUUAAGGACAUUCUUUUUUAUUGGCGGCUCCAUGGCCCCGGCCGCUUGCACCUGCUCUCUGUUGUACACUUUCAAUCAAACACUUUUUCAGACUAAAGGCCAAAACCUAAUCAAA